AAAUUUGGUCUUUAAUCAUGUCACUACAUUGGUCGAACUACUAAAAAAGCAAAACUAGUGAUCCAAUUGAAUUAGUAGUCUGGUUACCCUAAUUAUGCAGAAGACAAGAAGUUCCCUUCUGUUUCAUUAAAAACAAGGCCAGAUUGGGAGCAUUGGUUCAUCAGAAAACAGCUACUUGUGUUGCUUUGACUGAUGUCAGAAAAGAGGAUCAAGCAGAAUUCGAUAAUUUAGCUCGUGACUUGAGAUAACAUUACAAUGAAAACCAUGAACUUUUGAGAACAAUUGGAGGAGGACAAGUCGGAAUAAAAUCAAAACAUCAAUACGGAGGCUAUUAAGAAAGCUUUUGA